AUUGCUAAAAUAUGCACAAAUGUUUGAGGAGGAUACAGUUCUGCAUUUUGUCCAGAAGACGACAAUAAUCAAUGACAGAUUUACUCUAGUUCAGUUUCAUAUAAAAGGUAAAGGGAUUUCAGAGACUGGCCAGCUGGAAAGGUUUCGGAGUGAAGUAUCCAGGCUACUGCUUUGUCCUAUACAGGAAGUGAUCAUCAGUGGCAUACAAGCAACAAACAGCACUAUCUUAACACUCAUGAUUCCAACUUUGUAUGCUAAUUUCCUGGCAAAACAAUUAGAAAAACAAAGUCAACGCAUCAUUAGCUCAUUUUUGCUACUAAACGUCGACUUAGUUAUCUCCGAUAAAAAUGAGUUUGAGCUUCAAGUCAAAGGAGAGUUGUAUGAAGCCAGGAAAAGAAGUACCAAACAUAAACCAGGUCAAUCUACAAAACCCGAAAGAAGUACACCUAAACGAAGAAUGGACAAGGAACAAACAAAAAACGCACAACCAUGGAAGAAGAUUAAAAGAACACAGGAAAAGAAAGAAGUCAUGCAAGAAGUAUGCUGUCCCCUUUACUGAUUACUCACGAUAGAAUACAAUAUAACAACAACAAGAAAGAAAACUUUAUAUUAUAAUGUAUGUUAAAAAUCCACACAGAAUAAAGAAAUUAUUUUUUACUUUUAGUGGUUAGCAUUUAUUUUAGACCCAAAUUUAGUUCUAAAAUAUCCUUAAAAAUGAGAUAGUAUAAUUUUAUUUACUUUAUAAAAUAUGAAUUUCUGAUGUCAACUCCAUUAAUGAAAUUUUAAGGGCCUUAUACAUUGAUUUAUGCAUUAACACGUGUUGAUAAGUUGCAUUA